CCCCCCUCGGCCUCGCUCGGCUUGCAUCGUUCCCUCUUGAAUCAACCUCACGCUUGAUCCUUCCACCUUCCACCAACUUCCUCUCACUCACUCACUCUCUUCAUCUCCUCCAUCUCCCACAUCUCUUUCAUCUCUCUUCCACUCCUCCCCCCUCCCUCUUUUACUUCCAUCAACACAAUGUCCGGAGAGAUCAGGCGGAAGCUCGUCAUCGUCGGCGAUGGUGCUUGCGGCAAGACGUGUCUUCUGAUCGUCUUCUCCAAGGGCAUGUUCCCUGAGGUCUACGUUCCCACCGUCUUUGAGAACUACGUUGCCGAUGUCGAGGUUGACGGCAAGAAGGUCGAGCUGGCCCUCUGGGAUACCGCUGGCCAGGAGGACUAUGACCGUCUUCGUCCCCUCUCGUACCCCGACUCGCACGUCAUCCUGAUCUGCUUUGCGAUUGACUCGCCCGACUCGCUUGACAAUGUUCAAGAAAAGUGGAUUUCCGAGGUUCUCCACUUCUGCCAUGGCCUCCCCAUUAUCCUUGUUGCCUGCAAGAAGGACCUUCGUGACGACCCCAAGACCAUCCAGGACCUUGCCCGCAUGAACCAGCGCCCUGUUUCCCGCCAGGAGGGUCUUGCCGUCGCCCAGAAGAUUGGCGCCCAGGGCUACGUCGAGUGCUCGGCCAAGUCUGGCGACGGUGUCCGUGAGGUCUUCCAGACCGCCACCCGCGCUGCUCUGACCACCAAGAAGUCCAAGUCGAAGAGCGGCGGCAAGAGCAAGUGUGUUGUGCUCUAGAGGGUUGCAGUGUAGUUUUCUUUAUUCGCACAAGUCUUCUCAGUCGUUUUGUAAUCCUACCUUCCUCCGCCGCUGCCGCCGCCGCCGCCUCCGCCGCCCACCAUGAUGCCUCGUUUAACGGCCCGACACUCGACGAUACCUUGGGUUUCAAGCCGUGGCAUACUCCUCCCCUCACGAGCUACAUAUCCCCAUGUCCUUUGGGGCUCGCGCCCCGACCGAUGAUACGAGUGACGAGUUCUUGUGACGCUUGCAUGUGCAUAUGGUGGAGAAGAGAGGGGGGCGUGUGUAACGGGGCGAUUCACAAUGAGCCUUGCUUGCUUCUGGCCCGUGUUGCGUAGCUCGCGACGUCCUUUGCAUCGCUGUUGC